AAUUAAAUUUCGAAAUAAAAACUGCAUUCGAGCAUACUCUCGUCUUUUUUCCCCUGUUUCAUAUUUUCUGAUACGCAGAAGAAGAAAGGCCAAACAUGGGCCGUAACAAGCUUCUGAUUCAGAAAAUUGAAAACGUCACCAACAGACAAGUCACAUUCUCCAAACGCAGAAAUGGACUUAUCAAAAAGGCUUAUGAGCUUUCCAUUCUUUGCGACAUUGAUAUUGCUCUCCUCAUGUUCUCUCCCUCGGGCCGUCUUAGCCAUUUCUCUGGCAAAAGAAGGAUCGAAGAUGUGCUUCACAGAUAUGUCAGUCUCCCGGAUCACGACAGAGGAGGCAUUAUGCAACACAGAGAGUACUUGAUCAACACACUCAACAGGCUUAAGACCGAAAAUGACAUAGCCACCCAAAUUUCCAGUCCUGUCGCUGUUAAUGCAAAUGCAGAGGAACUUCAGCAGCAGAUCAACGGUUUACAGCAACAGCUCAUGAUGGUCGAGGAGCAAUUGAGGAUAUUCGAGCCUGAUCCACUUCGAUUUACUUCCAUGGAUGAACUUGAAUCCUGCGAAAAAAAUCUUUCCAAGGCAUUAAAGCGUGUCUCUGAGCGAAAGAAAUACCUUCUGAGUAACCAUCUAUCAACUUAUGAUCCAUCAACUCUGCAGCAAAUAAACUCAGCCGUAAAGCUAAUGUUCGAGGCCCAAAAUGGAACCAAUUCAUUUGGAAACAACGCGAUGAACUGCUGGCAAGAGAUGAAUGGUAAUAAUAACGGUGGAGUUAGCGGUCACAAUCACGAAAAUAUUUUAGUAUCCCCUGACACUACUUGCAUGCCUUUGAGCAAUUCCCCGCCAGGAGUGUAUGAAUCAACGAGUACUAACAAUGGGGAGACACAGAGUGUGGGAGUGCAUCACAUAAACAAUCCAGGUGAAGAAGAAUGUCUCCAACAAUGGCAGCAUCAGUCAAGUCAUGAUUUCCUCAAUGCUCUAUUGCCUCCGCAUGACUCCUUCUCUCUCGUCAAGGACGAAUUGCUACCUAAUUCAAUGCUGACACCCUUGAUUCAGCAGCAGCCAAUCGACGAGGCUUCACCAAGUGUACAACUCCCAUCCAGCGAGGAAAGUGCAAAUUAUGAGCACAAGCUAAAGCUACCAAAGAUUAACUAGCAUGGAUUAAUAUGUAAUGUUCCAUUUCCUCUAGAAAUUGACUUCAAACACAUUGUAGGUUGAUAAUGGUCAUUUUGUAUGGGUGCUUAAACCACAGAUUGUUGUUAGCUAUUGUACUAAUCGAAACUACAGUUACUACUUAUCAAUAUUUGUAUAUAUAUUAAUGUAUUAAU